UUAUAUAUAUAUUAACGAAGAUCGACAUAUUUUAUGCUUUACCGGUGAGGGAUUGUCGAAAUUCCUUUCACCGGGAGCAACGACUUUCAUAAUGGCUAAUCACUCCUCCGCUUACCCAAUCAUCGGCGCUUCUUUCAAUCAAGACAACAGUGGUUUUGCAAUAAGCACUAAAGAUUGUUUCAAAAUAAUCGAUUCAAACACCGGAAGGCUCUGCUACGAACGAGCUGUUGGAACUUUCAUUAUUGUUGAGAUGCUGUACAGUUCAAGUCUUCUCGCCAUUGUUGGAGCUGGUGAACAGCCAUCUUUAUCUCCACGCCGUCUUUGUUUGUUCAAUACAACAACCGGUGCUCCUCUCCGAGAAAUGACUUUCCUAACUUCAAUUCUUUCCGUUCGCUUGAAUAGGAAAAGGCUUGUUGUGGUUUUACUAGAGAAAACCUACAUAUAUGACACAAACAGUCUCUCAAUGCUGGAUACCAUUGAUACUGUGUCAAAUUCGAAGGGACUUUGUGCAUUCUCCCCUAGUUUGGAUGGUUGCUUCUUGGCUCUUCCUGCCAGCACGACUAAAGGAGCUGUAUUAGUGUACAAUGUCAUGGAGCUUCAGUUGCAUUGUGAGAUAGAUGCUCACCGGUCUCCUUUGGCUGCAAUUGCUUUAUCUAGCAGUGGAAAGUACAUUGCAACAGCAUCUGAACAGGGAACCAUAAUCAGAGUUCAUCUGGUUUUAGAAGCAACUAAGUCAUACAGUUUUCGGAGGGGAUCAUACCCAUCAACCAUAUUUUCAUUGUCAUUUUCUCCAUCAUUACAACUUCCAGAUAUUCUUGCAGCCACAAGCUCUUCAGGUUCUGUUCAUAUCUUCUCUCUGGGGUUUGAGACAAAUCAGAGGAGCAAAAAGUCGGGUAGUUUUCUUGGAUCGAUACUACCCGAUUCCGUGAAUGAUGCGCUAGACCCAGCUCACCAUCAUGUGCUUCACAAUGCUGUUUCUGCAGGAGUCAGAAGCUAUGCAGUGGUACGCAAGGUGGACAAAGUGGUUGAUUCGUCCUCAUCCGAGAUUGCAUUGUGUAGGGCCGUAAUAUCGUUGAUAGCGUACAACGGGUACUUUCAGGAAUAUACCUUCACUCUCAACAGCCAGAACGAGUCUACAUGGAGUCUGGAGCGCGAAUUCAACCUUCUGGGAGUCAGUUCAGGUAAUGCUGAAACCUCAUGACACCUUUAAUGGCCGAACCUCGUCGUAGUUAGACGGUGUGUGACAGUUGAACAAUGAAAGGAAAUGUAAUGUACUCAGCUUGAAGUGUGUUUCAUACAAGUUCUAUAAUUAUAAACAAAAUGGGUUCAUAUUUGAUGUAUCAUUAGUGUAAGAUUAGUAGUAAUAAGUGAGAAGAUUUUUAUGAAUAAAAUAUUUUUUCUUUA